AUGGCGACGGACGAAGAACAACCCCGGCGAGCCGCCGCCGCCGAGCAGACCUCGGAGACGACGCCUCUGCUCAACGGCAGCACCGGCAACGGCACCAUCAACGGGACCGCCGACGCCGUCACCGCCGCCGCCAUCGAAGAAGAGACGACCAUCGUGGCCGAGACCGUCUCCGGCACCCGCCUGGCCCUCAUCCUGGGGACCUCCUACUUUGGCGUCUUCCUCGGCGCCAUCGACAGCACCAUCAUCGCCACGCUCUCGGGCCCCAUCUCGAGCGAGUUCAAGUCGCUGAGUCUCCUCAGCUGGCUCGCCACCGCCUACCUCAUCUCCAACGCCGCCUGCCAGCCCAUCUCCGGCCGCCUGACCGACAUCUUCGGCCGCGGGCCCGGCCUCGUCUUCAGCAACGUCUUCUUCGCCGCCGGCAACCUCAUCUGCGGCCUCGCCCGCACCGAGUCUGCCAUGAUCCUCGGCCGCGUCGUCGCGGGCAUCGGCGGCGGCGGCCUCAUGUCUAUCUCCACCUUCCUCGGCUCCGACCUCAUCCCCCUGCGCCAGCGCGGCAUCUACCAGGGCAUCGGCAACAUCGCCUACGGCUCCGGCGCCAUGCUCGGCGGCGUCUUCGGCGGCCUCAUCAACGACCACACUGCCAUGGGCUGGCGCCUCGCCUUCCUCGUCCAGGUGCCCCCCGUCCUCGUCUCCGUCGUCCUCGUCGCCGUCCUCGUCAAGGUGCCCCCCAAGGCCUCCGACAAGUCCUACCUGGCCCGCAUCGACUUCCUCGGCGUCUUCCUGACCAUCUCCUUCCUCGUCCUCCUGCUGCUCGGCCUCAACGCCGGCGGCAACCUCGUGCCCUGGCUGCACCCCCUCCCGCUGACCACCAUCCCCCUCUCCAUCGCCGCUUUCGUCGGCUUCAUCCUGUGGGAGAGCAGGGUCAAGCAGCCCAUCAUCCCCGUCCGCCUGCUCUACAACCGCACUAUCCUCGCCGCCUGCCUGACCAACUUCCUGUGCACCAUGGUCAUGAUGAUGGCCAUGUUCUACGUGCCGCUCUACCUCCAGGUCAGCGGCCUCUCGGCCACCCAGGCUGGUCUCCACAUCCUGACCUCCCCCGUCGGCGUGUCCAUCUUGUCCCUCAGCGCCGGUUACGUCAUGAAGCGGACCGGCAAGUACGUCGUCCCGGGCAUCUGCGCCCUCGUCAUCUUCAACGCGGGCAUCAUCAUCCUGUCGCAGCACAACGAGGGCACCCCCGACUGGGUCAUUUACGUCGUCUUCUUCCUCGUGGGCGGGGGCUACGGCGCCAUGCUGACCAUCACGCUGCUUGGCUGCAUCGCCGCCGUGGACCACUCCCAGCAGGCGGUCAUAACAUCAGCGACGUACCUGGCCAGGAGCCUCGGGGGCACCAUCGGCAUCACCAUCGGCUCCGCCGUCUACCAGAACGUGCUGCGGAACAGGCUCUGGGACCGGUUUGGAGACUACCCCCAUGCGGCCGACAUCAUCCGCCGCAUCCGGGACGACCUCGAUGAGCUGAACCAUCUGCCGUCCGGGUGGAAGCCCGGCGUCGUGGCCUCCUUCAUGGAGGCCUUCGGCAGCGUCUGGUACACCAUGCUCGGCCUCUCGCUCCUCGCCCUUAUCUUCGUCUCCCUCAUGAAGCAGCACGUUCUGCACUCGACCCUGGAGAGGCGAUGA